CUGGACAUUGCUAAAACCCUAGAAAACUUUUCAACGGCAAAGGGACAGCCAUGGCCGACCGGGAGCUCCACCCAUCAAUCCCUUCAUGUCUCCACUUGCUCUCUGCUCUCCUCUCUAUGGAGCCCACCGACUCUCUUAUCGCCUUGGCCCGGGUAUGCGGUGGAGGGUUGGUUACUGAGGAAGUGCAGAGGUUUGUUUGGGACCAUUGCAUAGCCAAAGAUGCUGGCAAGUUGCAUGCGCCUUAUCUGAAGAAGUUUCUGAAGAAGCUCAUUGCUGAAGUUGAGCUGAACCAGGGUGAUGUGCUGGAUGAGCUAUACGAACAGUAUGCUCAUUUCAUGGCUUCUUUGAAGGACAGUGAUUUUGAAAAAGGAAAUGCAAGGGUCUUCAAAUGCAUUUCAUUUCUUUUUCCUGAUGGUUGUUCUAAACUUUCGAGUUGUCCCAAGUCGAGGAAACUGAUGGCACCCCUGCAAUGUUCACUCAACAUGCUUGAAGGAGAUACAGGGUGCUCGGUUUGGCCAUCAAGUCUUUUUUUAUCGGAAUGUAUACUUUCUUUUCCAGAAUUAUUUUCUAAUAAGUCAUGCUUUGAGGUUGGCUCGGGCGUUGGUUUGGUUGGCAUCUGUCUUGCCCAUGUGAAAGCAUCCAAGGUGAUACUAAGUGAUGGUGACCUGUCAACUUUAGCAAACAUGAAGGUCAAUCUGGGACUGAACCACUUCAGCGUUGAAACUGAUAUGUCAGAAACUACUGAAGAUCCAAAUAUGGUUAAAUGCCUUCAUAUGCCCUGGGAAUCUGUCUCAGAAAGUGAGCUUCAGAACCUCAAGCCAGACAUAAUUUUGGGUGCAGAUGUAAUAUAUGACCCCGUAUGCCUCCCUCAUCUUGUUCGAAUACUUGCCUUUCUACUAAACCCUAAGAAAUUGUAUCCUGAGAAGGGGAGUGGUAAUCACCUAGGCCUUUCAUUGGAAAGUAAAUGUACUGAUGGUAAGGUCAAUGGAACUCAUCAAGGGAGUGCUGGUAAUGGUGAUAAAUUCCAAGCUUUUCUACCCAAAAGAACAGAAAACGGUGCCACAAAUGCUGGAUUGAAGAAAGGCUCAAUGGCUUUUAUCGCUACUGUGAUCCGCAAGAUUGAGACAUUCGAUAAAUUCUGUGCUUUGUUAGACUCGGCUAACCUUACCAUCAAAGACCUAACUGAUUCACUUAGGCCUUUCAAUUUGCUUCCCUACAUGCACUCAUAUGAUCGAACUGGUGUACGACUAUUUGCCAUCUCAUCAGCAGUGAAGGAAGGCACCAUAUGGGUCCUUAAUUUGAUAGCCAGUCUUGUCACUACACGAGUCCUCCAAUAUUCCCAUACCCGGAGCAAUCCAAGUUAUCCAAAUCAUUCAGUUUUCAGUUGCAGAGCUGUCAGCUAUACAUGCAUUCAGCUCCCAGUCUCUAAACAAAACUCAAUCAAUCUCACUAAAGGUUGUAAAUUUCAAUCCAAACCCAUCACCAUGAAUGAGCUGAAGAACCAAGCAGAGGUUGAAGUGGAGGCGAUUCAUUUGUGGGCUACUCCAAGAUCACUGAGUACCAGCCUCAUGUACUCUUUUGCUCAGAGGGAUGACAUAGAAGUGCUUGAUGAACCCCUCUAUGCAACUUUCCUUCGGGUGACGGGUUUUGAUAGGCCCUACAGGGAGGAGGUUCUGUCCAAAAUGGAACCUGAUGGAAAUAAAGUUGUAAAAGAUAUCAUUCUUGGUCCAGGAAGAAAUAAGUAUCGCCUCUGUAAGCAUAUGGCCAAGCAACGUGUGCCUGGUUUACCAAUUGAUUUAAUGAAGACAGGAAAGCACGUCAUUUUGACCCGGAAUCCCCUUGAUAUCUUGCCAUCCUUUGACAAGGUUGUGCCUCCAUCGCUUCUUGAGUUAGGUUUGGCAGAUCUGGUCUCAAUAUACAGUGAGCUCUCUGAACUGGGGAGACCCCCUCCUGUUAUUGAUGCAGCAGAGCUUCAAGUAGAUCCUGAGGCUACGUUACGUGGUCUUUGUGAAGAGUUGGAUAUCCCUUUUCAGUCCACAAUGCUUAAAUGGGAGGCUGGUCCAAAGCCAAUAGAUGGUGUUUGGGCCCCAUGGUGGUAUGAAACAGUGCACAAAUCAACAGGAUUUCAACCACCAAGAAAGUAUCCCAUGCCAUUCCCUAUGUCUCUGUAUGAUGUACUUGAGCAAAGUCUACCUUUCUACAACUUUCUUAGGCGCCAUGUGAAGCAGACAUCGUGCCUUCUUAAGUCUCCUUUGCCUGAACCCGAUCUUCCAGUUCCAGAAAAUGAGAAGCUACUUGCAUGGGUUGGUGAUGAGAUUGUACCACGCGAGAGUGCAAAGGUUUCUGUGUUCGAUUCGGUUGUCCAAGGCGGUGAUUCAGUUUGGGAGGGUCUUCGAGUUUACAAUGGCAAGAUAUUUAAGCUUGAUGAACAUUUAGAUAGGUUAUUUGACUCAGCAAAGGCUUUGGCAUUCAACAAUGUUCCUACUCGUGAAGGGGUUAAGGAAGCCAUCUUUAGUACUCUUAUUCGAAAUGGAAUGUUUGACAAUUCACACAUCCGAUUAAGUCUGACGCGUGGGAAAAAGGUUACUUCUGGCAUGAGCCCAGCAUUCAAUCUUUAUGGAUGCACCUUAAUUGUCCUUGCUGAAUGGAAACCCCCUGUCUAUGACAAUGCAAGUGGUAUUACUCUUGUUACAGCUACCACUCGUCGUAAUUCACCAAAUAAUUUGGAUUCAAAGAUUCACCACAAUAACCUACUCAACAAUAUACUUGCAAAGAUAGAAGGCAAUAAUGCAAAUGCCGCUGAUGCAAUCAUGCUCGACAAGGAUGGUUAUGUGUCCGAAACAAAUGCUACGAACAUUUUUUUGGUGAAGAAAGGCCGUGUUUUGACACCUCAUGCUGAUUAUUGCCUUCCUGGUGUGACUCGAGCAACUGUUAUGGACCUUGUGGUGAAGGAGGAGUUGGUCUUAGAGGAGAGAAGGAUCAGCCUAUCAGAGUUCCAUACUGCUGAUGAGGUAUGGACAACAGGAACAAUGGGAGAACUCAGUCCGGUUGUGAAGAUUGACGGCCGUCUAGUUGGAGAUGGAAAAGUGGGGCCUGUGACUCGAACACUGCAGAAUGCUUACAAGGAGCUGACAGAAGCAUCGGGGGUGCCCAUACCAACCUAUCAUGAUACCUGAUAAUUUGCUUCCCAAGGUUGUAGCCAACUGGCAGUGGAUGAAUGAAUCUCAUGGACCCAUGAUGCAUAGAUGGAAGAGCUUCUCUCACAGAUACGAAUAAAAGUACCAAAUGUUGUUGGUUCAGAUGUGUAGAGAGCGCCAUUGAUUUUGCAUUUUUUAUUUUUUAUCUUUCCCAUUUUAGGAAGAUCCUGGGAACUAUUAAAAUGUAAUUUUAUAUUGUGUUAGUAAUAUUACUACGAAUGGUUGUAUACUACCAUUAUACCGCAAUAAAUAAAUAAAUUCUUUUGCCGUUC